AAACAUACAGAUCAUUCAUGUUAACAUCAGUAUACCCUAACUCCAGAUUUCUCCUUCUUACUCUUAAAAUUUGAAUGAACUCAUUGUUCUUAUGAAGUGAGGAGGUUGAAAAUUUCUAUGCAUGGUUUUGGUUGUGUUCAUCUCAUUGAAGCAACAUCUAGGAAAGUCAUAGUACUAAAAGGAAUUUGUUGAUUGAGUUUUGAAAACUGCUCUCUAUCUAAAUCUAAAGAGCAGUACAAUUAUGGCUGUGCAUGGAUCCAAAAGGUGGGCUGUGAAAUGGGUAGCUGAAAAGGUUCUGGUUGCUUUUCUUCUUCUUGUUUCAGUCUAUGUUGCUUCUUCUCAGCAAAAUACAGACCAGAAAACAAUCUCAUCAGCAUCCAAUGAAACGAAAGGGGUUGAUACUAAAGCUCAUCAUGCUGAGGGUUUUUACAAACACACUUGGCCAGAGAUGAAAUUUGGGUGGAAAAUAAUAGUGGGCAGCAUAAUUGGAUUCCUAGGAUCAGCAUUUGGGACUGUGGGAGGUGUUGGUGGGGGUGGCAUCUUUGUGCCCAUGCUUACCCUUAUUAUCGGAUUCGAUGCAAGAUCAGCAACGGCAAUAUCAAAAUGCAUGAUUACGGGUGGAGCAGGAGCAACUAUUUUCUACAAUCUGAAGCAGAGGCACCCAACUCUUGACAUGCCUGUGAUUGACUAUGAUCUAGCACUUCUUUUUCAACCAAUGUUGAUGCUUGGAAUCAGUAUAGGAGUUGCUUUCAAUGUGAUUUUUCCUGACUGGAUGCUAACAGCUUUGUUAAUAGUAGUUUUCAUAGGCCUUUCAUUCAAUGCAUUCUUUAAGGGUGUCAAAACCUGGAAAAAAGAAACCAUUGUUAACAAGGAAGCUAGGCAGAAUGUACGGUUAAAUGAUACUGAAAGAACCGGUAAUGCUGCACAUCCUCAAACAGAAGAGACGGCCAAUGAAAGUCAUACAAAUACCAACCAAUCAAGGAAAAAAGUUUCUGUUAUUGAAAACAUUUAUUGGAAGGAACUUGGAAUUCUUGUAUCUGUGUGGAUCUUGAUACUUGCACUACAGAUAGGAAAAAAUUACACCACAAAUUGCUCAGCAUUAUAUUGGGCAUUGAAUCUACUACAGGUCCCUAUCACUGUAGGAACAACUGUAUACGAGGCUGUGCUUCUAUACAAAGGGAAGAGAAAGAUAGCAUCAAAGGGAGAUCAACAAACACGUUGGCGUGUACAUCAAUUGAUUCUAUAUUGCACGUGUGGCAUAAUUGCUGGCAUAAUUGGUGGCUUGCUUGGCCUUGGUGGAGGAUUCAUCUUGGGGCCACUUUUCAUUGGACUAGGAAUUCACCCUCAGGUGUCAAGUGCUACAUCCACUUUUGCGAUGACAUUUUCUGCAUCUAUGUCCGUUGUGGAAUAUUAUCUUCUCAAGCGUUUCCCUAUUCCUUAUGCACUUUACUUUGUAGCUGUAGCCACUGCUGCUGCACUGGUUGGGCAGCAUUUGGUGAGAAAGGUUAUUGCUAUACUGGGGAGAACGUCUCUGAUCAUUUUCAUCCUCGCACUCACAGUUUUUGUGAGUGGAAUAUCACUAGGUGGAGUAGGCAUAGCAAAACUGAUUGAAAAGAAGGUGCAGAUGAAGUUUGAAAACCUUUGCUCGUACAGGGUUAGAAAUUGAAGAUGGAGACGUGUAGUUUCUAUUUGUGGUUUUGUGUUUUCAGGGAUUGUAUUAAGAAAUUUAUCCUUGUUUUUAACCGGAAUUAGUUUACCUGAUUGAUUAUUCAGAAAAAAUGUAUGACUAUUUUAAAGCUGCAUUAACAUGUAAGUCUAAUUUAUAUGCUUUUGUUUCACGGAAUGAUAUUAAAUUCUCAGGAAUCAUAUUUCCAAAAAUCAUAUGACUAGGAAUGUUAUUCUCGGGUAUAUUUAAAGACGUGUAAGUCUAAUUUAUAUACUUUUUUUUUA